AUGCCGGUUCAGUUUCAAUCAUCAGGCGCAACAGCACUAUCGCAAAGCGAUGAACACCUUCGUGAAGAAAUGUUGAAGAAGUUGAUUGAACACAAGCUCUUGGGUCCAAGUCGUCAAGUCAUGGAGCUGAAGCCAGACUCAUUACCAUUACGUGAACUCCCCCCCGGCAACACAUCUUCAUUGUUUUUGAUGUACCUGGCCUACAUGCGACCAUCUGGAGUUGCACCCGCUUCUAAAUCAACAUUUUACGAAGUUGCCAAAGAGUGGCGGGUUUGUCUUCGCUUCAGGCGGCAAUCAGAGCAUUCUAUGUGCGUAGUGUGCCAAACCCUGAAAGCUUCAAUCCAUGAUGCAACAGAUUUCGCAUUGCAUGCCCAGAAGUGCCAAGAGCUGCUGGCCCACUACACGGCACAGUGGCGCGACCGUGAAGUGUACUGGUCCGCUAGAGAUCGGAGUUCCCAGGUUGGUGACCUUCUGACAUGCAUUGUUGACUCCUUUGACAGAUCCAAGCUGUACCUACCGAAGUUCCCAUACAACAGGGUGCCAAAGCGGCCAGUGUACCAAACAUGCUUGAGAGUGUCGCUCACAUUGACGGCAGUCUUGUGCCAUGGGCAGGGCUGUUGGAUGUAUUUGGCUGCCGCUGAGGGAAUUGGGUGCGGCUCAAGUUGGAAUUGGGAAUGUGUGAUGCGAUCAUUGGAAAAGGUGUGGGUCAGGACCAGAGCCAAGAGCUCUCCAUUUCCUGCAGAGUUCUGGCUACAGUGUGACAACACCGUAAAGGAAUUCCGGAAUCAAUAUGGAUCCCGCGUACUAUCUGCAUUGGCCCAGGGAAGCUACUUUGCAUCCUGCACUGAAGCCCACCUUCGGGUGGGUCACACUCACGAAGAUAUAGAUGCCCUGUUCAGCAUAGUGACCUCAGCUAUACGAUCAGCGCCAGCAAGCUCCUUGCAAACACCCAGGGAUUUGCAGAGGUUGAUAGAUGCCCGAAUGUCUCCAAUUUUCGCUGCAAAAAAUCUAGCUUGGGGCAUUGAGAUCAUGGAUACUGUCAGAGAUUGGGUUUCCUUUGUGCCAGACCGGGUUACCUUUCGAAAUGCUUUCCGUGCCCGGAAACUCAAGUAUGGCCAUGAUGAUGAUGAGGAUCCUCGGAAGCCACUUCCCCAAACGUUCACCUUUGUACCACGAACAGGGCUUCCUGAUCAAGGGCAAGGGCUUGAACUUUCACAGCGUGUCCCUCGUGAUAUGAGGGCUCCUGACCAUGGGAGGUCUCCAGAUGAUGUUUUUUGCUUGGUGAAGGAGUCGAUGGCAGCAAGAUCAUUGUCACAAAUACCAUUGCUAGUGUUUCCAGCAAGCCUUUUGCCUUCGACCCAGCAGUGCUUUUUGGAUGCAAACAGUGCAAGGUGCCCAUUGCGAUCAUGGAAAAUUCAGGCUGAAAGAUGGGAUGAGCUGCGCGCCCUUAGACGUGCCAUCCAAUUUGACUUCCCGCACCUUGCCAGGGCGGCGGGGUGGUAUGAGCAGCUUCUCGUCACUCCAGAGGCAACGCCACAAUUUGAUCGGGUUCCUCAAUUGUCGUUUUUGAGGCAUGCAUCUGCCCGUCAACAGGACUGGCAUGCGUUUCAGUUGCGGGGCAACCCACCGGCUCCGAAGCCACAUGAGCUGCAGGUGGUUUUCCACAGGGCACGCUAA